AUGUCUGCCGAAGGAAAAUCUGUCCUUUUGACCGGAGCCAGUGGUUUCUACGGAUACAAGCCUACUGCUAGUGUUAGGUCCUCUUCAAAAGCUGAUCAAAUUCUCGAACUUCAUCCGGAAUGGAGAGGAAAGGUGGAAUUUGUGUUUGUCCCUGAGAUCACAACACCUGGUGCCUUUGAUCAUGUUUUCAAAGCCCAAGAGGAAAAAGGAGGCUUUGAUUACAUUAUCCAUACCGCGUCUCCAGUUACUUUUUCAGUCAAGGACGUGAAAAAAGACUUGAUUGAUCCUGCUGUUCAUGGCACUAUGGAGAUCCUUAAAGCUACUCAUGAACUAGGGGGCAAGCAGGUCAAGCGUUUCGUGCUACUUGGAAGUGCUGUCUCUAUUCUUGAUUCGUUUGAAGACUUGAAUGCUCCUGAAGGGAAGGCUUAUACAGAAGAUGAUUGGAAUCCUGCAACUGAGCAUGAUGCAGUAUCAACACAAAGCCCUCUCCUCGGAUAUAAUGUUGGCAAGAAGAAUGCUGAACUAGCGGCGUGGUCUUUUAUCAAGGAAAAAAAGCCGGCUUUUGACCUUGUGGUGAUCAAUCCCGAUGUCAUUAUUGGCCCUAUGCUUCAACCCGUCCCUAGUCCCAAAAACAUUAAUGAAACCAAUGGGUUCGCUUGUUAUGCAUUCAUUAAUGGCACUCACAAGAGAGUCGAUGAUGCCGUGUUUGCAUUCUGGGAUUUUGUCGAUGUUCGCGAUGUAGCUCUAUUACACAUUAUUGCGCUUGAAUCUCCACUUAUGGCUAAUACACGUAACAUCAUGUACUCCGGUCCUCUUUCACCACAGUUAAUUGUGAAUGCCAUUCGGAAAAAUUUCCCGGAAUUGGAAUCAAGAUUGCCCAAAGGAGGUGAUGAGAAACAAGUUUUCCCAAAAGGUUUACAUCCGACUCCAUUGAAUAACGCUAGAAGCUUGGAGAUCUUCCGGCAGGCCAAAGGUCAGGAUUGGAGAUACAGGACUUUGGAAGAAUCCACAGUGGAAACCGUAAAGUCAUUACUUGAGCUGGAGAAAAAAUGGGGUUCCUAA